AUGUUGGUGGCAACAGUGAUGUUCCCGGAAGACACGCUGAGACGAGGAGGUAACGCCGCAGAUGCUGCCGUAGCCAUGGCAGCGACCCUCCAGAUGGUUCAGACCAUGUCAUGUGGAGUCGGGAGAGACUGCUUCGCCACUUUUUAUGACGCGACUAAGCGGGAGGUACGCUGCGUUGACGGCAGUGGAAGAAGUCCGGCUCUGUUGACUCGGGAUCGUUUUCUGUCGGGGAUGAAAGAUGGAAAACUGAAGCCAGAGUGCAAAGGCCUUCAAGCAACUGUUCCAGGAGCUGUAAAGGCCUGGUUCGAAAUCGUCAAACAUUUUGGAAGCGGCAAGCUCGAUAUGGCCAACUUGUUUGAAGCUGCAAUUCUCUACGGCGAGAAGGGUUUUCCGGUUGGUAAAUGGAGCGCUAAUGAAUGGGCGCUUCGUCAAUCCAAGCUGCAGAACAUGCACGGAGGAACUACAUUUCUCGAUAGAGACGGAUUAGUUCCCGCUCACGGAGCUGUGUGGAAUAAUGUUCCACUGGCGGGGUUACUUAGGAAAAUCGCAGCAGAAGGAAUCGGUGCAUUUUAUGAGGGCCCCGUGGCUUCUGGCAUUGUAAACGCCGUGACGAGUGCCGGUGGCAUAAUGUCACUGGCUGACCUUCAAUCUCACAUGAAUUCUGUGGAGCCGGGAAUGUUACCUCCCGUGUCAACUUCGUACCGUAAAACUACAGUUCACACGACGCCCCUACCGAGCCAAGGAGCCAUACUACUCGAAGCGCUUAACAUUCUGGAAGGUUACGACAUCUCAAGUUACACGUUGAAGCCAGUUGAGAUUUAUCAUCUGAUGAUUGAAGCACUAAGAUUGGCCUUUGUCGACGGACUGUCAUACGUUGCGGACCCGGAAUAUGGGUCAACAGACAUUAUGGUCAGCAAGGAGCAUGCCCGACAAAGGCGAGCUUUCAUCGACCUCCAAAGGGCAAUGACGUCAUCUGCUCCGGAGGGACUUCCUUCCUUGUAUCAGACAGGCACCGUUGCAGCGACAGCGGCCGACACGCAAGGAAACGCCUGCUGCCUCAUAGGGAGCACGAGCGUACCGUUUGGUUGCACUGUUGUCAGAGAGUACGGGUUUCCAGUACACGCACGAGGUGCGGCAUUCAACACCUUGCCGGGGCACCCCAACUGCGUAGGUCCACGCAAGAAGCCGUACCACACUCUGAUGCCUGUUGUCGUCACGGAUUCCAGUUCGGGAAGACUGCUGGCCGUUAUGGGAUCACAAGGGGGAAGCAUGUCACCGCAAGCUCUGCUGCAGGUAAUCCUGGGCAUUGUCGACCUUGGCCUUGACCCUCAAGAAGCUGUUUCCAAGCUACGAAUAAAAAUUGGAUCUUUGAAACUUGCCACGCACCCCGACGACCCACUUACUGCUGAAGAAGGCAUGGACCCUGUGUUGAUCGAGUCCCUCAAAAGCAAAGGCCAUCGUUUCCGGGACGGCCUCGGCGGCGCGGGAGGAUCAUAUAUGGGUCACGUUAGUGUGGUAACUACAGAUGAGUCUCGGAAUGGGAGAAACAAAGAACCACAUAGAGCUCGACCCUCGUGCAGUGUAUUAUGGUGUGGAACCGAGCCUCGCUGCGAUGCUUCUGCUAUGACCUACUAG